CGGGCGUGCGUCGUUAUGUGAGGGCAAGGCCGCUUAUAUGCUGCCGCAAUUAAUCGGAAGAAGCUGACCGGUGCCGGCCCUGAGGACGUCCACGGUGCAGACGUGCACACACAGUACAGUCUCCGCUUGUUACAGUGACCGCCAAUCAUGAGCUCAACACUCUCUAUUCCCUUCCUGAUUGCUGACAGCUGCAGCUGACUUCCUUCCAGCUAUAGCAGCAGCAGUAGCUGCCGUCACUUCGCCACCACAGUGUUCUCAUCUCCCUUUCAUAUCCCCUGCUUCCUCUCCGUCCAUGGAGGAGGUGGCAGUAGCAGCUGGCAUCCUCCUCCUCUGAUCUCCUCCUCGGUCACUUCAGUGCUUACUUGCCGGUGAUGAGGAGGUCUUCUCAGGGGAAGAGCUCCAGCGGCGGCGGCGUUGGCGGCGUACGGAGGUAUGACGUGCACGGUGGUGGUAACUUGCUGGCCUGCUACGCGAAGGCGGCGAGGCCGAGGCCGUCCAAGUGGGACGACGCGCAGAAGUGGCUCUCCCGGGCGGGCGACGACGACUGCGGCGGCGAAGCUACCCGGCGGAGGAGCUCCUGCGCCAGCGCCGACGACGGGCUGCUGCUGCCUCCUCCGCCGGCGGCGCGGAAGGGGGCCGGCGGCUGGCGAUCGUGGAGCAACGUGGAAUGGGAGGGCGCGCCCGCGGCGAUGGCGCCGGCGCUGAAGGCCGCGCGCGGCGACGAGGGGGUGGACACCAAGGUGGUGGACGCCGUGCAGGCGUACGUGCCGCAGCGGUGCGUGGUGUCGCUGAGGGACGUCGGCACGGAGAUGACGCCCGGCGGGAGCAAGGAGCCGUCGAGGGCGAACACUCCCCGCGUCGUCGCGCCGGCGGCGACCGCCCGUGUCGUCGCGCGGGGCACGGCUUCGCCUGGGCAAUGCGACGGCGGGUCGCGUGACAGCGCCGUCGCCGGCGGCGUGGUGGAUCUCCGGGCGGCUCGCAAGCGCGCCGAUCAGGGGCACGACGAAGUCGCGGGCACGAUCACGGCCGUGUCGCCCGCGACGGCGUGGGGCGACGCGGAGCGCGCCAAGUACAUGGCCAGGUACAGGCGCGAGGAGAUGAGAAUCCAGGCGUGGGAGAACCGGGAGCGGCGGAAGGCGGAGCUGCAGAUGCGGACGGCGGAGGAGAAGGCCGAGCGGAUGAGGCUGCGCGCGCAGGCGAGGACGGCGGGGAAGCUGGCGACGGCGCAGGCGGAGGCCAAGGCGCGGCGCGCGCGCGCCGAGGCCGAGCUGGCGCUGGGCCGCCCGGGAGGCGGUGCCAAGGGUUGGCUGCUCACGCGGAGCGCGAGCUGGAGCAGCGGCAGCGGCCGCUCGCCCUCCUCUCUCUCGCUCCGGUUGCCGCUGCUGUGCCGCUGAGAAAAAUCCACUGCCACAGUCAAAAGGCUCGUGAUCGAUCUGAGAGUUUCCGCUGCUUGUUGAAGGCGGUUUCUGAUGUACUACUAGUACCAGGCACAGAAGAAUUUUAUCUUUGUACCAUCAAUGAAGACCCGUUUAGUUUCCCAAAAGUUUUUCCUAAAAACAUCACAUCAAAUUUUUAGACA